CUCCGGCAAGCAUAGUGAGAAGGUGGUUCCACGCGGCUCCCUGGGGCUUUUAUCGAAUAAAGAGUGGGCGUGGAGAAGGACACUAGCAAGAGCGGGCGUGACACCCAGCCUCAGCCUCCGCCCACACGCUCCGUCUAGACAACGCGAAGCCUCCGCCGCCCACGUGCUCGUUAUCUUCUUAUCGGAGCGUCGUUAUCGGCUCGCGGCUCCGGUGGCAGUCCCACCCACCCCCGGGCAGGCGAGAUUGAUGGCCCCCGCCCGCGGCCGCAGCAGCUGCAGCGGCGCCCCCGAAGCCCUCGCUGUCAUGGUGGCUCGCCACCGCCCCCUCGCCGCGGCCUCCAGCAGAAGCGUCGACUCUAUACCGAAGAGAAUUUAGGAUAUUUUCUUACACUGCUAUGCUUUCCUCCCACCCCCCCACCACGACCCCUGCCACGACCCCCACCAGCACGGUGCUGCGAGCUCACCCACUGCCAUCCGCCGCCGCCGCCGAAGAGCGCCGCUCCUGAGGCCCGCGCCGCCCGUGCCAAGCCCGGCCCGCACGCACCAGGCACCGAAGCAAGCACAAGCAGACGCACAAGUGUCGCUCCGUAGCGGUUCUUCGGCGCGCUCGGAGGACCGACCCAAGGACUCGCCUCGCCCGCACCCGGGUUUCCUCAGCGGAGGAAGCGCGUGAAUCCGCCGGACGGUUGAGCGGAGCCUCGGCGGCGACUCCCGCGGCCUGAAGAAGCCCCGUUGACCCCGUGACUGCCACCCACGCCCGUGCUUCCCUAGGGGCACGAGCUUCCCUCCGGCGCCACCAUGACGGAGAAGGGCCUGACCAUGGAGAGGUCCCCCUCGUCGGGGCUCGGCGUGGGCGUGUUCUCCCCCCACAUCGGCGGCGGCGGGGGCGCCUGGGACCAACAGCAGAACGCCAUCAUCACCAAGAUCGCCUCCACGCCCUCGAACCGCCGUUCCACCGCCACCGACAAUCAGGAGAGGGAGCGCAGGAGGCGGAGAAGCGCCGACAAGAACGCCAUGAACCAGAACCGCAACUGCGGCUGCGGCGGCUGGGCGCACGCCGUGCAGCUGGAGCAUGACCUGACCGAGCUCAAGGCCACGCACGAGAACCUCCUGGCCGGCCUCCACCAACAGAUCGAGAGCCUCAAGCAGAAGAACAGAGACUUGACGUUCCAGGUGCUGAUGGGACCUUACGCAGCCGGAGUCAAGACCGACGUACCGCUGAGUCCAGAGAGCGAUGAAGUUGCGUCCCCGAAGAGUGAGUCCUCCAAGAAGAUCGAAGAAUCCGCCAAGAAGGAGCCGAGUCCUGCCGCCUCCACCACCAGUACCUCAACUACCUCUACCACCGUCAAGGAAGCCAAAGACAUCAAGGGCGACGCGAAGGACUCGAAGGAUAUUAGCGCUUCCGAGCCUCCCCUGAAGGCCAAGCAGGAGGUGGAAGAGCUUGUCAAUGGCGACAUCACGAGAGUUGUCAGACGGCCCUAUCCUGGAAGGUCAGGACGCGGCGACCCCAGACUGGUGCGCUCCCUCGACCUGGAGCUUCUGGAGGAGGAAGCCAUCCACUCGCGCAGACUCCUGGAGGAGGAGCGAGCCAAGAACAAGUAUCUUACCACCCUCAUCGAAGACCUCAAAAGGCAGGCGAGGGAGGCGGUGGACGAAGCCCCGCAAGACACGCCCCGACCGAGCACCAAGACGGGGGCGGCGACCCCUCAGCUGCCCCCGCCCCGCCCCCCGCCCCGCCCCCCACCACGCACCGCUCCCCUCGCCGCCCCUCGCCUCUCCUCACACACCUCCCCGCACUCCCGACAAACAGACCGGUUAGAGAACAGCGGCUCCCCCGUGUUCAACCGCGCCCCUGCCGAAGCCCCUCCACCGCGCCCCCCGACGGACAAGGAGCCGCGCUUCCCCCCCCUCCGGCAGGCGCAGCAGCAGCACGGGCAGGAGGGCCAAGGCAAGCACAACCGCAGCUCCAACAGCCCGCGCAGGUCGAGUGAGCGCGAGGGCGGGACCACCACCCUGCCCGCCAUCAACCAGGCGCGCCCGCACCAGGAGGCGCCGCAGCCGCAGCCACGCGGCCGAGGGAGGCACAACGGGCGCGGGCGGCCCCGCCACCGACAGCAGCAGCAGAACUACCACCACCAGGACUACCAGGAGCGCCGCCACGACACCACCACGGACUCGGAGGUGAGCGAGCACCAGCCGCGAGGGCGCCGCCCGCCGUCGCUCACCCGGGGCGGCGGUCGACACGCCCCGCGGGACGACUCGCGGUCGCGCCAGGAGGCUGCGGCGCCGGCCUCAGCCCCGCCCAGGGACUCCUCGCAGGGGCGGCGAGGAGGGCGGCAGGGGCGCGACGGGUCUGCGGGGCCGAGCUCCUACCCCCAGGGGGACAAGCGAGGCGCAGCGGCCGCCCAGGAGCAGGAGGGCCGCACUGAAACACGUCUGAAGGGGCGAGGGCGCGCCCAGCGCCGCGGCGGCCGAGGGCGGACCCGGAAGGAGAAGCACAGCGCUCCUCCCGACGCGGCGGAGAGCGAGCAGUAGCGGGAGCGGGCUGAGCCGAGCGGAGCCGAGAGGAGCCGAACGGGGGCCGAGCGGGAGCCGAGCGGGGCCGGAUCGCCGGCGCCCACACAAAAGAUAUCAGUGCUAUGCAUAUUCUAGACAGCUUCUGAAGCCACAGUGUAGCCGUGGCGAGAGAUGCGCCUGUGGUUCCUAUCCUGUAGCGCCGCACACCGUGGCAGCUGCCAAUAAAGACGGAGCACCUUC